AAUUUCCAGUGUUAUUAGAUAACGGUACGUAAAACUACAUCUGGUUCUCAUAUUCCUGAAUAAAUAAGUCGAUAGUUUUGUAAAUUGGCCUAGCCUGGAUGCCAGCCCGAACUCCGCCCACAACAUUUAUGAGUAUGACGAAGUCAGGCUAAAAUUGGCCACUUGUUGUUUGUGAAAAUAAUAUCAACUGGAUGGAAUAAUAAACGCACGAUGGCGCUGUUCCAUAAAACACUGUUGCAGACUGUCAGCAAACCCUUCUUGAGAAGUUGUUGGUUGCUUUGGUUGUUAAGGAAGUCCAUUAAGUUUGCCUCUUCAGCGAACUGGAAGUAACGAUGUGUGAGUGACCAUCGUGUGGCAUCCGUGAGUUUUACAUCGCCGUGAGGGACAGAGAUAUCAGUCAGCUUGAUGGCACCCAUUAACUUGGGUGGGACCACAGUUUCAGCUAUAAAUCUUCUUAACUGUUCUACUGAAGAAGAAGGAAAAAAAGUCACCUAAAUCUUGGAUGACGUGAGGAAUGAGUUGAGUACCAUGGGACUUGUUUUCAUCUAAAACCAAGUUUACCAAUAGGAUGAGUGAGCAUGGAGACAGCAUCGUCCCGUUUAACCCAGCAGAACUCGGGUCAGGAGAACCAGCUUGUAAAACAGAUAUUAAUGUACUGCGUGUAGACCCGAGGAAAGAGAAGAGCAACAAGGAGGAGCUCAAAGACAUCAAGAAGCCAUAUGAUGGGACCAAACUGCUUCAGGAUGAGCUUAACAAGGACGCCAAGCUUAGUCCAUAUCAGCCUCGACCUCCCUCUCUUCCGAAGCCCGUGGGAUUGGGCAUGGAGGGUAAAAACAUCUCAUUUGAUGAGAAGCUGAGGGGGAGAAGAUUGAGGAACAGCCAGGAGAGUCUCACAGACCCGGGUGAGACGGGCUCUUCCACCGAUUCGCUUAAAGACGCCGCCUCGGUGAAUGGCCGGGGCCUUGCAUCCGGACGUCCGCUCGAUCUCCCACCCAUGGAGACACCACCGUUCAUAAGUGCCGGGAGCUUCUCGGAGAAUGACGAGUCCCCCCGUGAGGAUUUUGAUCUGAAUAAAGAGCGAAUGAAACCGUCCAGAAUUAUUCUGUCCCCACUGCAGCUCACCGGCACAUAUCCUCCUCUGGAUAACAGCGCAGCCUCCGCGUCCUUAAGGACAACUAAUCGGAUUGACAGGGAUUGUUUGGAUUACAGUGUGGUGGGGAGAAGGGGGCGGUCAGAGAGGCUUCAGAGGAAUCUGAGCGAUAGCGGGCUGUUGGACACCAUGGUGUUGGACAGUGCCUCCGUCCAUUCCAUGAAGUCCACCUAUAGUGUUCUGAACCCCAUCAGACCCCGGGACGUGAGGAACAGGAGCUUUCUGGAGGGCAGUGUUUUGGGUAGCGGUGCCUUGCUGGGGGCAGAAGAGCUAGACCGCUACUUCCCAGAGAGACGACUCGGUAUCUACAUCGCCACAUGGAACAUGCAGGGAGAGAAGGGGCUUCCAUACAACCUAGAUGAUCUUCUGCUCCCAACCGACACAGACUUCGCACAGGACGUCUACGUUAUAGGAGUUCAAGAAGGUUGUCCAGAUAGGAGGGAGUGGGAGAUCCGCUUGCAGGAAACUCUCGGGCCAUAUUACGUGAUGCUGUACGCAGCAGCCCAUGGAGUUCUCUAUCUUACUAUAUUUGUCAGGAGAGAUCUCAUAUGGUUUUGUUCAGAGGUGGAACAUGCUACUGUCACAACCCGAAUUAUAUCUCAGAUUAAGACUAAAGGAGCUGUGGGUAUCGGCUUCACUUUUUUUGGGACAUCCUUCCUGUUCAUUACAUCCCAUUUCACCUUCUUUGUGUUUGUUUCAGCUGGAGAUUCUAAAGUAUAUGAGAGGAUCUUAGACUAUAACAAGAUAAUAGAAGCGCUGGCUCUUCCUAGAAAUCUUCCUGAUACCAACCCUUACCGCUCCACCACCUGUGAUGUCACAACCCGUUUUGAUGAAGUCUUCUGGUUUGGAGAUUUUAACUUCCGCCUCAAUAAAGCCAGAGUAGAGGUGGAGGCCAUUUUGAAUCAGGGUGUAGGCGCAGAUAUGAGCCCGCUAUUACAACAUGACCAGCUGUUGAAAGAAAUAAAGGAAGGUUCCAUUUUUAAAGGGUUUCAGGAAGCAUCUAUUCACUUUCCUCCUACUUACAAGUAUGACAUUGGUUGUGACGUCUAUGACACCACCACAAAGCAGAGAACACCCUCAUAUACCGAUCGGAUUCUUUAUCGAAACAGACAAGUAGAUGACAUUAAAGUGAUCAAGUAUACGUCUUGCUCGUCCAUUAAGACAUCAGAUCACCGGCCAGUCGUCGGCAUGUUUCAGGUCAAACUUCGUCCUGGUAGAGACAACAUUCCCUUGGGUGCUGGCCAGUUUGACAGGAGCCUGUACCUAGAAGGAAUCCGUAGGAGAAUCACACGGGAGCUGAAGAAGAGAGAGGCAGCCAUGAAAAACCAGAAUAACAGCACAGUUUGCACCAUAUCCUGAUCUAUCGAUGUGCGAGAGCCAUAGGUUGCUAAAACUGAUCAUUUCAAAAACCGAGCUACUGACUUGGAAAGCUGGACUUUCAGGACCAAAGGAUAACUCGGUACUACAGAUGUCACGUUACUGAUGUGCACAGUCCAGGGACCAAAAGACUGCAGCUGGAUGUUUAGCAGCUAGUGUUGGAACUGUAAAAUAUGACUUUUUAAAUCUAUAAAUUAUACUGACCAGAGUAAAUUAAGUUAACUGUACUGUACAUCCAUUAUUCCUAAUUCGUUUUUUUGUAUUGUUUCAUAUUCUGCUAUUUAACUUGCAAGCCGUAAGAGUCUGUUUUAUGUAUGGUUUCAAUUGAUAGUGUUUCAAGGCCUUGUUGCUCAACUUCUAAUCUUUAACUGAUAAUGUAAACACCUCAUACCAGUACCGGGUAGCUGACCUCCUGGUUUCAUUGGGUUCCGGGUCUCUCUUUUACACAGUUUCUUAACAAUGUGCUAACAGUGGUACUGCUUUUAAAAAGGAAACUGUACUGUAGCAGCAUUACCAGCAAAAUGAGGGAUUAUUGGUGUUAGCAGCUGUUUAUUUAUUGAUUGUCAUCGAUAGGUGAAUGUGGUGCGUCAUGUAGAGAAGUUGACCUUUGGUUAAAAUGUGUGCAAAAUCUAAGUGAGGAGGCACAGACUAUACUUGAGUUUACUGCCUUAACUGUUAACUAACAACAAAAUUCAGCUUACUUGAUGUAAAAUGCGACAUAGGGAACGACCAUAGUAUUGGUAUUGCUUGCGCAUGGAUCUCAGUGACUGAUGUUAUAAUAAGUCAUGCAUUCACAUCAUGGAUUUCAGUUCUAUUUGUACUGAAAGUGCCUGCGAUCUUGCUCGUGAUUGCCUCAGUGAGUUCAAAUACAUUCUGCUGUUUAAAACCAAAUAAUAGCCUGUUACAAAUAUUUGUUUACAAUGUAACAAUACAAAAACUGACUUGUU